AUGAAAUCAUCAACAGGUCAAAUAAAUAAUAAUCGAAAUGUUGAAAAUCAACCAAUACCUUCAGAAUAUUUUUUGUCAAAUCAUUCAAACAAACAUAAUCAUCAAUUAUCUGAACAACCAUCAUCAUCACAUUCUAAUGCUGAUUUAAUAACAGAUCAUUUAAAUCAAACAAAAGAACCAUCAAAUACAACCAAUGGAACACCACAACGUCAAUGGACAAUAAAUGAUUUUGAAAUCGGUGCACCAUUAGGUCGAGGACGUUUUGGUCAUGUUUAUUGUGUACGAGAAAAAAAAAGCAAAUAUAUUGUUGCUUUAAAAGCGAUAAUUAAAGAUCAAAUAUCAACUCCUCGUUUAGCCAAACAAUUAAUAAGUGAAAUAUCAAUUCAAAGUCGUCUUAAACAUCCAAAUAUCUUACGUCUUUAUGGAUUUUUUCAUGAUGAUCAACGAAUUUUUUUAUUACUUGAAUAUGCACCUGGUGGAGAAUUAUAUAGACGUAUGCAAAAAGAUAAAAUUAUACAAGAAAAUCAAGCUGCUGGAUAUGUUUAUCAACUUUGUAAUGCAUUAUCAUAUCUUCAUUCAAAACAAAUUAUUCAUCGUGAUAUUAAACCAGAAAAUAUUCUUAUUGGAGUUUAUGGAAUUCUUAAAUUAGCUGAUUUUGGUUGGUCAGCUGAGAGUAAUCAAGCAAAUAAACGAACAACUCUAUGUGGAACAUUAGAUUAUUUAGCACCAGAAAUGCUUAAUGGUAGUGGAUAUGAUGAAAAAAUUGAUCUUUGGUGUUUAGGUAUAUUUACUUAUGAAAUGAUUGUUGGUAAACCUCCAUUUGAUAGUCAAAAUCAACAAGAUACAAUACGACUUAUUCGAACAAAUCAAUUAUCAUUUCCAUCAACAAUAUCAAAUGAUGCUCGUCAUCUUAUUAGUCAAUUAAUUCGUCCUAAUCCAUCUGAUCGUAUGCCUUUAAAUCAAGUUAUUCAACAUCAAUGGAUUAUUCAAUAUGCAAAUAUUAAAUCAAUUGAUGAUAAUUAUCAAAAGGUUUAUAAAUCAACAUUUUAUAAUUCAAAUACAUAA